UGGCAGUAGAGGCUCCAAGGGAAGCAACGGAAAAAGGGAGCUCACCAGUUGGAUGCGGACCUCAGAAGCCGGCCAGAGGACAAGAACUUUUAUGAGCAGCACAGCGAGCAGCUCUUCUUCCCCCCUCAAGCCCCCACCCAGCACCCAGCUUUGCCUUUCCCGCCGCUCGCUCGCAUGUUAGCAGGGAGUUGCUAGUAGCAGCAGGUGCCAAAAGGCGGGUUGUCUUGCCUUCUGGAACCAUGUGGAGUGCAGCUGCUUCAGUGCAAACAAGAGCCUAGCAUGAGAGUGGAAGAAUUUGGAGCGACCAGGCAAAGAGCAUAUACAGGAGAAGCAUUGCUCUUGUGAGCAAGUCUCCCGCUAACCAGGACUAAGUUCUGCCCAGGAAACUUCCCACCUCCUGGGUAGCAGGACUCAAGCCCUGCUACAAGGUCCUACAGGAAGGAGGGGUGUGUGUGUGUGUGUGUGUACUUCUGUGUGUACUUGUGAGUACCUGUAGACGCCAGGGCUUUGCUGCCUUGCCCCAAAAUGGAUAACGUCCUUCCUGUGGACUCCGAUUUCUUCCCCAACACCUCCACCAACACUUCUGAGUCUAACCAGUUUGUGCAGCCUACCUGGCAAAUUGUCCUUUGGGCAGCCGCCUACACGGUCAUCGUGGUGACUUCUGUGGUGGGCAACGUAGUGGUGAUAUGGAUCAUUUUGGCCCACAAGAGAAUGAGGACAGUGACCAAUUAUUUCCUGGUGAACCUGGCCUUCGCUGAGGCCUGCAUGGCUGCAUUCAAUACAGUGGUGAACUUCACCUACGCAGUCCACAACGUGUGGUACUACGGCCUCUUCUACUGCAAGUUUCACAACUUCUUCCCCAUUGCUGCUCUCUUCGCCAGUAUCUACUCCAUGACAGCUGUGGCCUUCGACAGAUACAUGGCCAUCAUCCACCCUCUCCAGCCCCGGCUAUCGGCCACUGCUACCAAAGUGGUCAUCUUUGUCAUCUGGGUCCUGGCUCUCCUGCUGGCCUUUCCACAGGGCUACUACUCCACCACAGAGACCAUGCCCAGCAGAGUCGUGUGCAUGAUUGAGUGGCCAGAGCAUCCCAACAGGACUUAUGAGAAAGCGUACCACAUCUGUGUGACUGUGCUGAUCUACUUCCUGCCUCUGCUGGUGAUUGGCUAUGCAUACACUGUGGUAGGGAUUACACUUUGGGCCAGUGAGAUCCCCGGCGACUCCUCUGACCGCUACCAUGAGCAAGUUUCUGCCAAGCGCAAGGUGGUCAAAAUGAUGAUUGUGGUUGUGUGUACCUUCGCCAUCUGCUGGCUGCCCUUCCACAUCUUCUUCCUCCUGCCCUACAUCAACCCAGAUCUCUACCUUAAGAAGUUCAUCCAGCAGGUCUACCUGGCCAGCAUGUGGCUGGCCAUGAGUUCUACCAUGUACAACCCCAUCAUCUACUGCUGCCUCAAUGACAGGUUCCGUCUGGGCUUCAAGCAUGCCUUUCGCUGCUGCCCUUUCAUCAGUGCUGGUGAUUAUGAGGGGCUGGAAAUGAAAUCCACCCGAUAUCUCCAGACCCAGAGCAGCGUGUACAAGGUCAGCCGCCUGGAGACCACCAUCUCCACUGUGGUGGGAGCCCAUGAAGAUGAGGCAGAGGAAGGUCCCAAGGCCAUGCCUUCGUCCUUGGACCUCACCUCCAAUGGCUCCUCUCGAAGCAACUCGAAGACCAUGACAGAAAGUUCCAGCUUCUACUCUAACAUGCUGGCCUAGGCAGCAGGCACAUUGCCAGGGCACAGUCACUCACCCAUCCUGUGUUGUUUAUUCAUGGAAGUCUUUGAUUUGGAAUUUGUUAGAAAUACCCUAACACUGGAGCUUUUGGGGAAAGGUCACAAUGGUUUAAGGAAAACGUUCCAUGCUGUAUUCAACCUGGAUUCCAUCCCGUCUUUGCCAACCAUCCUCCACGCUGGUGACCCAAGGCAGGUCAGUGAAUUUCUAUAAAAUGAGAAGGCUAUCCUCGGUUUCCCCUGAAGUUCAUCCCAUGAUUCCUGAAGUGACUUCAUCUGCAUGCAAGGUGCUUAUCUGGGGAGGAAUUCUGCAAGGCAGCAGACCUAUUUGCCUGGAGCAUCUAUCUUUCUUCAGCGAAGUCAUUCUCAGACAUGUGCAGACUAUCUCACACCACUCCAGCCUUCCACAGGACAGUGUGAGCAAAGGAAGAUGCCACCUAAAUCCUAAGGAAAGCUGUAUCCCCACUAAGCGCACAUGAAUGGAGGACACCUAUCGUUGUGACAUCUUGAUGUCUCAGUUCAUUUAAACAUCAUGGGAUUGACAAUAUUGAAUUCUUGUGCAUUAUGUCCCCAGUACAACCUACUCUUACUGAAUAUGUCUACACAAGCCAGCUGAUGUUCUAACCAAGAGGCAGGCAAUCCACUCCAGGCUUAACCUAUCUGAAACUCUUUUCCUUCUUUGUAAAGCAGCAGAGCUGAACCAAAUACUCUUAAAUGUUCCUUUGAGUCUCAGUGUUCCCUGGUUUAAUGAUGUAUAUACUUCAUUUUGCCUCUCUCUCUCUC